GCUAAUGCUUCGUUCUUCCGCAGGUAGACUGCCAGCUGUCACUCAGGAAACCCUGCCCAGAGUAUUGUUUGGUCCCUGCUUUCUCUUUGUCACAUCUUUAAAACAAACCCCCAAAGAUUCUGUGAAAUCAUGUUUUAAAAAAUACAUUGCCAAGGCCCUUUUUCAUCCUUCAGUACCAUCUCGUUACCAGAGGGCCACGCCCCCAGAAUGACUCCUUGGGGAAUGACUAACACCCAGAAAGACGCUUACACGAGUUUGCUAAAUAACAGAUAUGCUGAGAAGCUGGAGCAAGGCUCACAGAUUUGGGCUGGUCAAAUGCAGGGACUGUCACCUUGCUUCAGCCCCUGACCAUCAGGUACCUGCCAACGAUGUUGGUGGUUCUUUUUUUUUCCCCUCAGAUUAUCUGAAGAUGCUCCUUGCCGAUUACCUUCCGGAGCAAUCAUAACCAAAAAGAGAGGAGUUUGCUGUGAGAUCUGGGGUGCAGGUGGCCUCUCUUUCCAGUCUUCACUAAGCAACAUUCUUGGCAAUAUCCACAAGCAUCUUAGUGAAUGGACAUAGGUGCUCUGAGUCUUGGAGACACAGCAGCUCAACCCUUCGGCCCAUGCUUCCCCUUGGGGCGUCUCCCCCUCCUUGUAGGAUGGACGAGGCGUUGCCAGAUGGGCUGCUCUUCAAAGACCACGACUUCUCCUCUGACUUAUUGAGGCAGCUCAAUGGCUUGAGGCAAAAGAGGAUGCUGACCGAUGUGAGCAUCUGUACCGGGACGUGGGAGGUCCCCUGCCACCGAAGUGUGCUGGCCUCCAGCAGCCCUUACUUCAGGGCCAUGUUCUGCAGCAACUUCCGGGAGAGAAGCGAGGCCAAAGUCGAGCUGAAAGGCAUCGACCCCGCGACUCUGGAGCAGAUCAUCUCGUACGUGUACACCGGGGAGGCGCACAUCACGGCUGAGAACGUCCUGCCCUUGAUGGAGGCGGCCUCCAUGCUGCAGUACCCCAAGCUGCUGGAGGCCGGCUCCUCCUACCUCCAGAGCCAGCUGAACCCCGGCAACUGUCUGGGCAUGAUCCGACUCUCGGAACUCUUAAGUUGUGACACCCUCAAGAAGAAAGCCAGGGAGGUGGCCCUGACGUGCUUCCCAGAGGUGGUGGCCUCGGCCGACCUGAAGGAGCUCUGUGCCUUGGAAUUGAGAGACUACCUGGGGGAUGACGGGCUCUGUGGGGAGGAGGAAAAGGUGUUCGAGGCCCUCAUGGUUUGGAUCAAGCAUGACCUCCAGGCCCGGAAACGACACGUGCAGGAACUCUUCGAGCAGGUCAGGCUUCAGUACAUCCACCCGGCCUUCUUCCACCACUUCAUCGCCAAUGACGCCCUCCUGCAGUCGUCGCCCUCGUGCCAGACCAUCCUGGAGAUGGCCAAGCGGCAGAUGUUUGCCACGUACAGUGCCAUCAGUGCUCCAGACCUCCAGCCUCCGUGGCAUGUCCCCCCAAGAACCUCUUACCGAGACUUCCUCAUCCUCUUGGGGGGGAGGAAGGACAACCAGCAGACCACCAGGGACGUGCUGCUGUACGACACACAGACCAGCCAGUGGCGGAACCUCGCCAAGCUCCCGAGCCGGCUGUACAAGGCCUCCGCCGUCACCCUGCAUCGCAGCAUCUACGUGCUGGGAGGCAUGGCUGUCAGGACAGGGAAGGACGCGGCCAGCCACAAUGUCUACAUCUACUCCCUGAAGCUCAACCAGUGGAGGCUGGGGCAGCCCAUGCUGGUAGGCCGCUACUCCCACAGAAGCACUGCCCAUAAGAACUUCAUCUUCUCCAUUGGGGGCAUCGGAGAAGGGCAGGAGGUCAUGGGCUCCAUGGAGAGAUACAACAGCAUCUUCAACAUCUGGGAGAGUAUGGCCAGCAUGCCGGUGGGGGUUCUCCACCCUGCAGUCGCUGUGAAAGACCAAAGACUCUACCUUUUUGGGGGAGAGGACAUCAUGCAGAAUCCUGUACGCCUUAUCCAGGUUUAUCACAUUUCCAGAAACACAUGGUUCAAAAUGGAGACGAGAAUGAUCAAGAAUGUGUGCGCCCCUGCGGUGGUGCUUGGGGAGCGGAUUGUUAUCGUAGGAGGUUACACAAGGAGGAUUCUUGCUUAUGACCCUCAAUCCAACAAAUUUGUCAAGUGUGCGGACAUGAAAGACCGGAGGAUGCAUCACGGGGCCACGGUGAUGGGGAACAAGCUCUAUGUGACGGGCGGGCGGCGGCUGACCACAGACUGCAGCAUUGAGGACCUGGCCUCCUUCGACUGCUACGACCCCGAGACAGACACCUGGACAUCCCAGGGACAGCUGCCUCACAAACUCUUUGACCACGCCUGCCUCACUCUCCAGUGCAUACCCCACACCCACACCUUCCCAUGAAGUUGUCGAGAAACCGUGGGUCUUAGUUAAGAUGCUUUCUGUUGCAAGAGACAGAAACCCAACUCCAAGGAGCGUAACCCCAAAAGGAUGCAGGGAGUGCCCACGGGACUGAAAGUUCCAGAGCCUGGAGGCCUGGAACCAGGCAUAUGGUUGGCAGAACUCUCCGUCUCUCUCUCUCUGGCUCUCCACACCCUCACCCCAUCUCCCUUUCUUUCUCUCCCCUUCUCCCCCCACCGCCCGGCUUUCCCUCCUUCUCUACCUCAUCUCUGUUAGACUUCAUGCUACAAACAAGCUUCUUUAUCCACAAAGUAUGAAGACAAUGGCAACUGAUAAACUCAGACUCAACGCUUUCUAAUGUUGCAUCUUCAAGAGAGAACUUCACCAUUAUCUAUAUAUUAACCCUGAAAAUAACCCCAAUUGGCCGUUUUUCUUAUUCCAUGCCUUCCUCUUGAGACAAUCACUGUUUCCAGGAAUUGUGCUACUAUCACUGUGUGAUCCCGGAGCAUGUCCCUACAGGCAGAGGUCGGGUUGACUAUUAUCACUGACAGCUCAUCCAAACUGCACAUCAUGAGAUAGAAGCCGUUUUCCCAAAGAAAGAACUGCUGGGCUGACAAAACCACAUCUGCCCAGGGCAUCAGGGAAAUCCAGAACAAAAGGGGUCCCUGGAAGCACAGGGUCAGGAGGCAGUGUGAGAAAUUGGCCAUGACCGCGUUUCUUUGCAUUCUUAUGGGUGUAGUAACUUGGAAUCCCAGGAAAACAUGUGCAAUGCAGUAUCCAGUGUUUGCAAAAUUAUCUAUGCAGCCAGAAUAAAGCUGGUUUCUAGUGCCAAAUGAUGUUUUUCACCAGCCUCUGGGGAGCUAUAAACCUGCAGAAUUCAUCCGGAUUUUCAUUUUGGUAAAUGUUAGGAGAAUCGCUCUUCUGAGGAAAACCAACAAAUACCUUCAGAGAUUCCAGCAAUGAUUGCCUUCUCCGUGCCAGGGCUGAGUACCCCCACAGCCCUCCUGGUCUCGAAGCACCUCCCAAGUCAGCUCAGUUCCAAGCUCAGGAAUCGAGGGAAGGUGGUGGCCCAUUACAAUCACCUGGGAAGGUGUUUGAAAAUGGGGCGGAGCUCCAUUCCAGAUGGAGAGACAGGGAUUCUCAGAGGCGGGGCCUAGACCCUUGUCACAGGCGGUCAGGAGUAAGAACCACUGCCCUGCUCAGCGGCAGGUACAGAAACCUUCAGGUGCUGGCCCUGUCGCCGCCUGUCACACAGCCCAGUAGCAUAGGCAUUCUCCUCCCCAGCAAUGGAAGUAUCUGGAAUGGGUCUCACUACCCAGAGCCUGGUACCAGAGUGCCCUUAAACUGGAGCCUUCCUCCCCACCCUGCUCUCCAGGUUCAUGUUCUGGACUUUCCCUUUCUUCCUAAUUUGUAUUCUUUGCACUUCAGUUUCUCCUGCUGGGGUCUGAAGCUCUGCGCUGCUCCCCAGACCACUUGGCUGGGGUCCAGACACCCUGCCCAGAUUGUCAGCGCCAGCUCCUCAUCCUUGAUGCUGUCACCUUAGUUGUUGGCUGGCCUCUUAUUACAA